CAAUGUUAAUUCCAUAUUCACCACAAGAAUUUGACUUGGAUGAAUAUGACUAUGACAAUUUUUAUAGUAGACACUCAGAUAAAGAAUUGGAUUCUGAUAACGCACAUUAUGAUAAGAAUUUUGCUCAAUAG